AUGGCCAAUGUAGUGCUUCUACGAGCAUACUACGAGCGGCCAAACUUCUACUCGGCGGCCGUCUACAUCUCACAGAGCACCGGCUCUUUGAUGUUCCUGGUCAACCUGAUGCUCAUCGUCGCAGCGAGCUUUGGAUUCGGCCUCCAGCGACUCUUCUACGGACCGCUGCGCCCCAUCGAGACGGAGCAGCUCUACGACAAGGCAUGGUUUGCCGUCAGCGAGACGCUGUUGGCUAUGACCAUCUUUCGCGAUGACAUUGGUAUAUGGUUCUUCACCAUGUUCCUCUGCCUGCUUGCUGGGAAAGUAUGGCAGUGGAUUGGUGAGGGCAGAGUUGAGUUUUUGGAGCAGCAACCGCCCGCGAGCCCAAAACUCUUCCACACGCGCCUCAUGAGCUCCCUGCUCCUCUCCGUUGCCUUCGAUAUCUUCAUGAUGCAAUACUGCGUCAAUUCCAUUCUCUCGGAUUCCCGCCCCGGCGUCAUGGUCAUGUUUGGUUUCGAAUACGUCCUCCUGGCGAUUGCCUCAAUAUCCACGCUACUUCGAUACGCACUUUCGCUCAUUGAGCUCGCAAUCACAAACCGGCAAGAAAUUGCAAGGGAAGAGGCUCGCCGGACAGCACGAGAGCAGGCGACGCAACGUGCUGCAGCCGACGGAACAGAUGUGCCCGCAGUCGAAGAGGAUGAUGACGACGGCGAUGUUCCUGGCUGGGAGGAGAAAGGCCGCUGGGUCUUUUACUUGGACCUCGCAACCGACUUCAUCAAAUCAGUCGUUUACCUGGGCUUCUUCAUGAUUCUCAUGACUUUCUACGGCAUCCCGAUCCACAUUAUGAGGGACUUAUUCAUGACCAUUCGUUCAUUUAUCAAGAGACUCCACGACUUCGUCCAGUAUCGGAAUGCGACUCGGGACAUGAACACGCGCUAUCCAGACGCAACAGCUGAAGAAUUGGCGCGCGAAAACACAUGCAUUGUUUGUCGCGAGGAAAUGCGUCCAUGGACACAGCCUGAUGCGAACGCCGCCCAAGCGGGCCGACGGAUGGACGAACGACAACGCGCGAAAAAGCUACCGUGUGGCCACAUUCUGCACUUCAGCUGCCUGAGAAGCUGGUUGGAGCGGCAGCAAAAUCAGCAAGGCCCGAACAACUACCUUCAGGCGCUACUCCAAAGGAACGCGGCACAAGGAGCUGGAGGAGCUCAGGGCCAGCCGCACCAACCCGCUCCUCCCGGACAGCCGAAUGCGCCCCAAGGCAAUCUGCGUGUGUUCAACUUGGGCCCCUUUCGAAUUGCAAUGGGAAAUCUCCGCCUUCCCGCUGACCAGCAGGGCAAUCCAAACCAUAUUAGGGACGCUGUUAAUCAGCUGCGCCAGCAGGCAGCAGGGAACAACACUGUACAGAACCCAGCCGCACAGGCUCAGAAUGCAGGCAAUACCAACCCAAGCCUUGCGCAAAGCCAAGCGAGUAGCCUGGCAAUGGGUUCGAUACCAGGUUCGGUUGCUCUGCAUCCAGCAGAUAUUCAGUCCGAUAUCCUGCGCAUACAGCAGAAUAUUAUCGAAUCACUGCGGCAGCUGAAUGCGCAACACGAGCAGCUCGAGAUCGUCCACAGACUUCUUGGUGAGCUCAAUCGCAUCCAGCAAUCGACCGGGGCCUCGUUGGCGACUGGACACGAGUUGCCGCCCAUUGCGCCUCUCAAUGCUCAAAGCCUGAAUUCCUUCACACCACAAGCGUAUUUUUCCCGAGGUCCAGUCUUAAGGCAGGGUGACGAUGGUGUCCCAAGCGGCUUGACGUUGCCAGAAGGAUGGACUCUGAGACCUAUGGCAUUGGCGCCUCGAUCAGGUCAAGAGAGCCGUUCGGAGGUAGUUCCUAGUCAGGCCUCGCCUGGUGCGGAUACUUCGAGGCUCCCUCCUAGCUCAUCGACAAUGACAGGUUCUUCGGCAUCCAACCCGUCAGUACCAGAGUCUUCGGCACCAGCUUCGACAGCACCCGGCCCGUCCGCCACGGGUCCGCAUGCAAGCUCGUCACCAGAGGUUGCGGAGCCUAGUUCGCUAGCAUCGAGUUGGAGUUUUGGCAACGUUCCUGAGAGAAACGAGGCUGUAAGCUCGGGAUCCGUAGUUGCCGGGAGUAGUUUGGGGGAGCAAAACGUGACGAGGCGGACUGUGACUGUGGAAGACGUGGAGGACCCUGAGCAAUGAACAAUGAA